AUGAACGGCUUGCUCCAUAUGCAUGGUCCGGCUGUGAAGAAGCUUCUUGGGUGGCGAAUCGGCGACGAUGAAGAGAAGUGGUGCGAGAAAGCCGUUGAAGCACUAGUGAAGAAGUUGAAGAAGAAAUCGGGAGGAACGGGCACACUUGAAGACCUUGAGAAUGUUCUUGCGAAUCCUACGGAAAAUUCAAAAUGCGUGACAAUACCCAAAAGUUUAGAUGGACGAUUACAGAUAUCUCAUAAAAAAGGCCUUCCGCAUGUGAUAUAUUGUCGAGUUUGGCGUUGGCCGGAUUUAAGCUCUCAGCAGGAGCUUCGCUCCGUCCCCAAUUGCAUGUACCCGUUCGACUCGAGCACCAAAACCCAGCAUAUCUGCAUCAAUCCCUACCAUUACAAUCGCGUUCCACGCCAACAGACGACAAAGGAGCUAUUCGCAAGCUUCUCGAUUUCGUCGCCUCAGCCGAUCGACGCGGCGUCGCCGAGCGGCGCGAAUUGGCCGUCGUGCUCAUCGACGUCGUGCGCCAGCUCGCCAAGUCCGAGCACGUUCAGCGAGGAUGGCGAUGUGCCGGCAAUGCCGCGGACACCGAUACGAAAGCCGAAAGCUUGGGCGCAAGUCUCGUAUUUCGAAUUGAACAGCCGCGUUGGGGAUAUGUACAAGCUCGUCAAUCCAACUGUGAUCAUCGACGGCUUCACCGAUCCCUCGAAUUCAAACGAUCGCAUUUGCCUAGGUCAGAUUACCAACGUUAACAGAAACACGACCAUCGAGCUCACUCGGAUGCACAUUGGCCGCGGGGUGACUUUCGACAACAUUGAUCAUGAUAAGGUCACGAUCACCAACAACUCGGAGACACCAGUUUUCGUGCAAUCGCGCAACACCAAUAUGCAGUCGAAUCAGCCGGUUCGCAAGGUGUUCCGGAUACCGCCGCACAACUCGCUCGUGAUUUUCGAUUACCAGACAUUUUACACGUUGCUCGAUAGGUCUCGAUACGAUGCGCACGGGCUCAACGAGCUGUCCAAAAUGUGCUUCAUUCGAAUGUCUUUUGUCAAAGGUUGGGGCGACGACUACCCGCGACAGGAUGUGACGUCGACGCCGUGCUGGCUUGAAGUCCGACUCAAUCUUCCACUAGCGUAUAUUGAUGAAAAGCUGAAACACUUGCCAAAAAGCGGACAAACGGAGCAAAACUCGGUGACAUAA